AUGAACGUUGAACUUCAAGCAAAGUUUCGCGGGUCGAUUCUAACCCGCAGCUCUUUUAUGGAUUUCAUUAAUGCAGGCAAGCCUGUUUACAGCACUUUGACGAGCAAUCCCUCAACCCCGGACAUUGAGCCUCAUUCCAUUCAGCCCAUGACACCUCAGGUUGAGACUCCCAAGGAUAAGACUGAAGUUCGGGACACUUCAUUCUUCCACACCCAAGCUUCCUCUAUCGAGGCCAACAUCCAAUACGGCACUGUAGAGCCUACUACUCCCGAAUAUACUCUUGUUCUUGGCACCGAAGAUGAGUCUGUCACAAACCAGUCUCCUAGAGAGCCCCUAACGACCGACAACACUAUGGAUGACCAUACUACCACUCACCCUGCUCUUCACGAUGUCACUGUCCCUCAGAUCUUCGUUACGGCACCCACCACCUGUGAUUCCGGUUUAGCUGAGGCCGGGGUUUGUGAUUUCGAGCUUUCCGAUGAUGGCGAGGAGUUCGAAUUUUACGAUGAAUUCGAUGAGGACGUUAAUGGAUUUCCAACCCAAUACCUCACCCCGGAACCUUAUAUCACCAAGGACAUGGCCGCUCAGGCUAGAACCACUGAAAUUGAAAGUGUCGAAUUGGAAGUCACGGGCAUUGACACUGAUCCUGAAACCCAUGCCCAUACUCUCGACGACGAUUCUGUAUCCACAGAAACUAGCGAGAGCGUUUCUAAUGAGAGCGGGAAGCCUACGAUUUGCUUUGACGAGAGCGGAGAUCUCUACCUAAAGGUGGGACAAGACCCAGGACGGAUUAUGCUCGUCGAUUCCCGCGCCCUCAGCCGCGUGUCUCCUAGACUCAAGGAGAUCGUUUCCCGUAACCAGAAAGACACCAAAGAUGGCGGCGACUGGACUAUCGAGCUGCCGGAUGACGAUGCUGUCCCUUUCACAGUCCUUCUGAACAUGAUUCAUACACGUUUCGAGAAAGUGCCCGCCAAGGUAUCACUCAAGAAGCUGUAUGGGGCCUGUAUACUUACCAGCAAGUAUGAGAUGACGCAAGUCCUACGACCUGUGGCUGAACGCUGGUUCAAUGCCGUGGGUACCUCCACUGGAGACUAUGGGCUCUUUUUCAAGAAGGCAUAUAUCGCAUGGGAAUUGGGUUUCUCUGAGGAGCUCAGCGAUAUGGUCGGACAUGUUGUGCUCAACUGCUCGUUGGAUUUAGACGAUCAGCUCGUCAUUGGAGAGAACAAGGAGCGACUUUGCGACUUUGAAGGAUUCCAACGAAUUCCUAUUCUUGACUGUAUCACAGAACACCGCGAACUCGCUCUAGAAACUUGCUGGUAUAAGAGCCAGAAGCUGGGCGAACAAGUCCUCUAUAGCUCUGUCAAGGGACGUAUGUGCGGCGCUUCCCAUAGCCGAGAGGAAAUGUGUCUGAUGCUGGGCAAGAUGCUAAGCAAGGCUGGCGAAGAAGGAAUACUCGACCUUUUCCAUUUUGGGGGCAGUCUCGACGUAUUCCGGUCCUCGGAUCUAGACCUGAAGACCCUUGAGCACAAGAUUAGUCUCGUGGCUGAUUACAUCGACUUGUGUGGAUGGUGCCCUGCAGUACUCGAGACGGUCGAGGAGGUUAGGCAACAACUUCGAAGAGCCGCCGAUCCCCUCUACUUGAGCCAUCUUCGGGCUUUGCAAAUCCAAGCCGCCAAGGUUAGAAUGAUUCCUGGGGUCUCGGAUAAAGAGGAUGACGACGAGGAAUGA